AUGCGCACUUCCCGACGAUAUCUGAUAGUUGCUGUACAUAAUGCCACUGUCGUCCACCAGCACGGGGUAAAUCUUGAGGGCCAGGAACUUCGUGACGGCCAGCGUGAUAGUGAUGACCGCGUGGUUAGAUAUGGACCGGGUGUUGGCCAAGAACAGUUUGCAGUUGGUGGUGGACAGCAGCCAGCCAAGUCCGAUUAUGUGCGCGACCGACAACCCUCCGACGGCACCCACGCACGACCACCCGUAAUCGGUUACGUCGUUUGCUGUGCAAAUGCCACGAGAGCUUGUAUGCGUGGACGGUCAAGUGCAUAUAUAUGA